GUUAAUAGAGAUGAAGAAGUGUAUACAAAACUAUAUAAAGUAUUUUUACUAUCUGCAGUAAAUGUGAGAUUAUUUCUGAAGGAAAGACUUUUCAGUCAAACCGGGUUGCUGAGAUUCUUGGGUUUUUUGUGUGUGGUUUUUUUUUUUUAAAGAAUUUCUGGCUGUGUUCCAACAAACUUUCUUCCAUUCCAGGACGUGUUUUCCCUGCUGGGAAACAUUUAAAAACAGUGAAACUUCCUGUUCACAAACAGCAGGUGCAAGAGCAGCUUAGAGGGAUUAACAUCAGUUUAGUGAGAAUUAUAAAUCUCGCCUGAUUACAGAAGAAGGACUCCUGCAUGCAGGUUUAAUCUCUGACUUCCUCAUCAUGAGAUUGUCUCCAGUUUCACAGGUUCUGCUGGUGCUCUUAUCAGUCGUGGCACUGACCAGGGCACAAACAGCAACUCAAACAUCAGCUGAUACAACAACAGCAGAACCAGCAACAACUCAAACAUCAGCUGACACAACAACAGCAGAACCAGCAACAACACAGGCUAUAGGCACUACAGUAGAACCUACAACAACACCACUGACAACCACUCCAACAACAACUGCAUGGACAGCACCAGCGAUAUUCUAUCCAUUCGGCUUAGCGGCAGGAGACGGUGAACAGCUUGAAACUGGUUAUGAAACCUUUGUAAAUUUUACCUUCUCCACUCCAUUUACGUACUUUGGCCGCAAGUACAACUAUAUAUAUGUUAAUAAUAAUGGACUCCUUACCUUCAACCAGCCUGUACAAGAAGCUGACCCUAUCAUCAUUCCCAUACAUGGAGCUGAAGAUUUCAUUGCUCCGUUCUGGACUGAUCUUGAUGACAUUGGAUUGGGCAAAUACUGGUAUCAGCAGUACACGAGUGGAAGUGUGCUCACUCGCGCCACUCAGGAUAUAAACCAGUAUUUCCCUCAUAUUGGCUUCACUGCUUCUUCAGUCUUUGUUGCAACAUGGGACUAUGCUAACACGGGGGACAUUAAUGUAUUUAAUCUUCGCUCAGCACCGACAAUCACCUUUCAAGCGGUUUUAAUUUCAGGAGGUGGUUUUUCUUUCAUUCUGAUGAAUUAUGGUGACUGUGUGUCAUAUUUUCCAUUGGAGGUUGGAUAUGACACCAUAAACUCCACUGACUACCAUGUCAUUCAUUAUGAAAAUGCUGGCUUCUCCAUCCUAAACCUCAAGAACACGACUAAUGUAGAUGUCCCGGGUCGUUGGGCUUUUCUUGUGAACAACGGAACAGAAAAUGUCUUGGGAGUUCAAAUAAAACUUAGUUCAUUUUUAGACAUGACACAGACUGGAAACAUUGAGGAUGUUUUGAAGCAAAUUAAACAAGAGCUGGUCAAUCGUGGAGCAUCAAGUUUCUUUGAGAUGAAGUUAAGAAACGUCAAAAAGACACAGCCGUGAUAUAUUGAAGGCUCUUAAAAGCCUAAAAAUGUGUCCUUAAAGAUUUAUGUAGAAUCUGAAGAAUGUCACUCUGCAGGAAGCAAACCUUUAUAUUUUCUCACCCUUCAACUUUUUCUAACACAUUAAUCAUUUACACACAAAUAUAAAUUAGCAUAUAUAUAUAUAUAUAUAUAUAUAUAUAUAUAUAUAUAUAUAUAUAUAUAUA